AUGAGGCCACCACCCGGCCUAGAAGACACCAUUGGACCUGGAAAAGUCUUUAAGCUCAACAAGGCCAUAUAUGGUUUAAAACAAUCUCCAAGAGCAUGGUACCACAAACUAAGCACUACAUUGCUUGGGAGAGGCUUCCACAAAUCAGAAGCUGACCACACCCUCUUCACACUACCAAGUGAUAAAGGUAUUAUAGUCAUUCUAGUAUAUGUUGAUGAUAUCAUCAUAUCUGGAAGUGACAAGGUAGGGAUUCAAGACACCAAAGAUUUCCUUAAAUCAGUAUUUGAUAUUAAAGACCUUGGAGAACUUAAGUACUUUCUUGGGAUAGAGGUAUAUAGGACUAAUGAGGGAUUAUUCUUAUCACAAAGAAAAUAUGCACUUGAUCUCUUAGCUGAAGCAGGAAAACUUGGUUCAAAGAAUGUGGCAACACCACUUGAAGAAAACUAUAAAGCAGGAGGAAAGGGGGAGCUUGAGGCGGCUCCAUUUGAAGAUGUCACACGAUAUCGGCGGCUAGUAGGUAAGCUUAUCUACCUUACUAUUACUCGACCUGACAUUUGUUUUGCUGUGAACCAGGCUAGCCAGCAUAUGCAAAACCCAACUGUCCAUCAUUGGAACAUGGUGAACCGGAUCCUCAAAUACAUCAAAGGUGCGCCCGGACAAGGCAUCUGGAUGGGACGCAAUGAGAACACGGAACUGGUAGGAUAUUGUGACGCUGAUUACGCCGGCGACCGCGAAGACCGUCGAUCAACAACCGGAUAUUGCACAUUCCUAGGAGGCAAUCUUGUCACAUGGAAAAGCAAGAAACAAAAGGUGGUAUCACUUUCAAGUGCUGAAGCAGAGUAUAGGGCCAUGAGGAAACUGACUACCGAACUGAUGUGGCUUAAGGCUCUACUGAAGGAUCUUGGAGUUGAAUCAUCAAAACCUAUCACGAUGCAUUGUGAUAAUGAGGCGGCCAUACACAUAGCCACUAACUCUGUGUUUCAUGAACGGACAAAACACAUCGAGGUCGAUUGUCAUAAGGUCCGCGAACAAAUUCAACUUGGGGUCACUCUCCCUUGCCACACCAAAAGCUCUGAACAACUCGCUGACAUUCUCACCAAGGCAGCUAGUCCACAAGUGUGUGAGUAUAUCCAUUCUAAACUUGGUCUUAUAGACCUCACUCGGCCAUGA